AGAUAACUUCCAUAUGGGUAAAGUUAUAUACCUCUGCUACAUAUUAUACAUCUGAUACAUCUGCUUGGUCAAGUUAUUAAAAUAGAAGACUUAAGAAGUUAAAUCCAAGAAUUAAGAAUUAAAUCUGAAGAAAGUAAAAUAGGAAUGUUUGCUAAAUGAUUGCUCCAAAAAUAUUAAGAUAAUUGUAUGUUCUUCCAUAUCUUCACAUUUGUAAACAUUUCCCUGGAAAUAUUCCAGAACAUUUUGUUAUCUGCUGCUCCCAAGGACACAGCGAACAUCCUACUGCUAUAUUAAAAAACAUACACCCACAAAUUGGUGACAUAUAGAAGUCUUAUUAAAAUAUAAUUUUAAAAAGGUAUAAAAUGGCAUAUUCUCUAAAAGUAACAUGCAAAAACAGUUAAAGAUUUUUGUGGGAAUUCUUCUAAAUGUGAGUCUAAGCUUGGGCUUUUGACAUGGAACUAGUGGUAAGCUUGCCUUGGUUUUUAUUCUUUUUUUUCUAUUUCAGGUCUCCAAAAGCAGUGUUAGUUUGCUGCUUGAGCUCAGUCACUGAGUUCAGCACGCUCUUAUUUCGAAAGCUCUUAUUGAACACAGAGCCAGAGAGGGAAGGCAAAUGGAAUGGUUUUAAAAUUUGCAUAGUUCUCAGAAACAUAUUUUUAGAGCAGCUUGGAAUAUGAAGGAACUUUUCACUGUCACAAAAAAACUCCUCUUACUUAUCCACAUAAUUCAUCUUCGUAGUCUGGCAGCUGUGAGAUUGCAAAAUAGUAAUAUCUACACUGGUACUGUCGAUGGGAAACUAUGGAUGAUCAGUGGUGGCCAGCUGCAUUUUGUUACUCAAAUGGGGCAGGAUAUGCCUGAAUGUGGAACUCCAGACUAUGAACCAAUAUGUGGCCGGCCCCAUGGAGUCCGAAUGGAUCAGGAUGGUAACGUGAUUGUGGUGGAUUCAUACUUAGGCCUGUACAAAGUCAAUCCAAGGACAGGAGAGAAAACCCUCCUGCUGUCGAGUGAAAAAGGUGUGGAUGGUCUGCCUUUCAAAUUCCUAAAUGGCUUAGAAAUAUCAAAGAAAAAUUUGAUUUAUUUUACGGAUUCAAGUAGCAAGUGGGAAAGACGACAUCACAAAUACGAGGUAAUUGAAACAAACCAUCUUGGUCGCCUCUUGGCUUAUGACCCUGUAACAAGAACAGCAAGAACGGUGCUCAGUGGCUUGUACAUGGCAAAUGGGAUUGCACUGUCUCCCUACGAAGAGUACAUACUAAUAGCAGAAACCAGCAUAUGUAGAAUCAUACGCUAUUGGGUGAGCGGAGCUAAUGCAGGAAAAAAAGAAGUUUUUGUGGACAACCUGCCUGGGUAUCCAGACAACAUCAGAUUAUCGCACACAGGCUUAUACAGAGUUGGAAUAUCUACUACUCGCUUUCCUAGUUUCUUUUCUCCUUUUCUGGAUGCUUUAGGACCGUAUCCAUUCCUGAAAAGAUUUAUUGCAAAGGUGACUCCUUUAUCAUUCUACAGCAUUUUUCUUCACAAACAUGGCUUGUUCUUAGAAAUUAACGACAAAGGAGACAUUGUGGCAAGCUUCCAUGACCCUGAUGGUAGUGUCACUUGGGCUGUCAGUGAUGUCUUUGAGCACGAUGGGAAGGUGUAUCUAGGUAAUACAGAGUUGCCUUUUCUUGUGGUGCUACAGUAAACAUUACAGUUUUCAUAAGCUGGAGCAUCAAAAGAAAGAUAGUAAUGUUGUUUCAAGCAGCCACUAAAUAUUUUUCUCUACGUAAUGGAAGACUGCUACAUCACUGAAAGAGAAAUGAAUCUGAUACCACAUGGUUAAGCAGAAAUGAAAAUACAAUGCAGAAAUACUUGCUUUAGAAGCUUGUGAAAGCCUCAGGCUUAAAAAUAGGUUAACGGUACCAAUCCAUCUAGUUCUAUAGUUCAGAAAAUAGUUAUGUAUAUAUUUUUAAACAGUUGCACAGAAUCAUCUGAGGAAUUCAACUCUAACAGGGAUUGAGGUAAGAAGCACAUAUUGUACUGUUGCUCACAGUUCCCAUUUUGGAAAAAGCCUUAUGUAGGAUUUUAUUCUUCCUCUUUCCCAGAGGCAGAACAUACUGCUUUUAAUGAUGAACAGCAGUUUCUCCCUUGUCUCUUUUGUUAAAGUUUUCCAUCAUUCAACUAUAUCAGUUUCCAAGGAAAUAUCAGCAAGUACAGCUUGCAUUUAAAUUAGUUCUCUUGCCUCAGUGUUUCUUCCAGGUGCAAAUUAGUCACAUGUCGUCUUGCUGGAUGCUGUACAUAAGGUCCUGUGACCAUACAAAAGUUCACUAGUGGGCUGUGUCAGGUAGCAGGGCAGUAAGCAGAGAAAAAGCUUAGAAAUUAGGAAUUGGUCUUUAGAAGUGUGACACAGCUUGAUCCUGGGGAAAGGUUUAACUGAAGUUCAGUAACAGAAAGAUAGGCAGUUUAUUUUUUCUUUCCCAAAAGUGCAGCAGUGAACAGGGUCCUCUGGAAGGGCACUUUCUAAACAAACAUUUCAAACAGCAGGAGUUAAGUAUGCUCACAACAUGCUACAGCAAAGUAUGCUCACAUACAGAGAGAGAAUAAUACAAAUAAAAUGGAUUUUAAUUGAAUCACAAUAAGUGACAGCUGUUUCAUUAUGAUGAAAUAAUUGUAUUUAGCUUGUAGAAUCAGUCUUAAAUUUGAUUUGAUUGAAAAGGUAUUAUACCUGCUUGGGGUGUGUGUUUGCAUGUAUGUGUUGCAUGCUUUAUUCCUCAAAAUGAAGCAGCCCAAUUUACUGGGCCUGUGCUGGGUAAGCAUGUACCAGCUGUAUUCACUUACACUGAAGGGAUGAUACUGAACGUUUUUUGGUUUAGGAUAAUGUAAUAAAGUUAUUAACUGUAUUUCUCCCUGUGUAAUAUCUAUCUACUUUACCAGAAGAGAUCAUUAAAAUUCACAGCUCUGCUUUUGAUAAUAAUGAUUUUAAAAAAGUGUUUUU